UACACCUUCCCCAGCACACGGGACUGGCUCGGUCCAAACGCGGAAGCCUCCAGACUGUCUCGGCUGAUGCGCACUUGUCACAACAGAGAUGAUUGAAACUUGACCCGGAUUUCUGGCGGCAUGAGGAAUAACCAUCCCUGCAGGAGGCUCUGAAUUCAAAGAUCUCUCCUGUGCCAACACAGAGCAAGGAUUAAAGGAUUGCACUGCACACGGGCUGCUCGGAAGUUCCAGCAGAAUAAAAAAGAAAAGGAAAAACCAGCCUCUGUUUACACAUCAAGCCACCUAUUUGAUAUUUCUCUCCUUUUUUUAUUCGUUGUCCUGGCUGCUCAUUCAUUGCCUCCUCACUCUUGUCUUCAUCGGAGCUAUUAUCCCACAGACGGAACCUGUCGGCUCAUCUUGGUACCCAUUUAUCCACCUCAAAAUGAACUCUUCCUCCUCCCUUACAUCCUUGUUCUCCUUCACCAGCCCGGCAGUGAAGCGUCUGCUCGGCUGGAAGCAAGGGGACGAGGAGGAGAAGUGGGCGGAGAAGGCUGUGGACUCUCUGGUGAAGAAACUGAAGAAGAAGAAGGGAGCGAUGGAGGAGCUGGAGAGGGCCCUCAGCUGUCCUGGGCAGCCCAGUAAGUGCGUGACGAUUCCUCGCUCUCUGGAUGGGAGGCUGCAGGUGUCCCACAGGAAGGGUCUGCCUCAUGUGAUCUACUGCCGAGUGUGGCGCUGGCCCGACCUGCAGUCUCACCACGAGCUGAAGGCCCUCGAGUGCUGCGAAUUCCCUUUCGGCUCCAAACAGAAAGACAUCUGCAUCAAUCCGUACCACUACAGACGUGUGGAGACUCCAGUGCUUCCACCAGUUCUGGUCCCACGUCACAGCGAGUUCAACCCACAACACAGUUUGCUGGCAAAGUUUAGGAAUGCCUCCCUGAACAACGAACCGCUGAUGCCCCAAAACGCCACCUACCCAGACUCCUUCCCUCCUCUGCCCUGCUCCUCCUUCUCCUCCUCCUCUCCUGCUUCAUCCCUCACUCAGUCCCCCACGUCACAGAGCUACCCAAACUCGCCCAGCAGCUCUACACAACCUGGCAGUCCAUAUCACAUCACAGGCGAGACUCCUCCACCUCCCUACAGCAUGAUGGAGACAAACUCUCAAGAAGAUGUGAAGCCAAGCAACUCCAGUGAAACUAUUAAACUCACAUUUUCCGCUCCGCACAGAGACUUGAGGCCUGUUUGUUACGAGGAACCGGAGUACUGGUGCUCCAUAGCUUACUAUGAGCUCAACAACCGAGUGGGGGAAACCUUCCACGCCUCGUCCCGUAGUGUCUUGGUAGAUGGCUUCACAGACCCCUCCAACAACAAGAACCGAUUCUGCCUUGGGCUGCUUUCCAACGUCAACCGCAACUCCACCAUCGAGCACACGCGCAGGCACAUAGGCAAAGGGUUACACCUGUACUAUGUGGGCGGCGAGGUGUAUGCAGAAUGUCUGAGUGACAGCAGCAUCUUUGUCCAAAGCCGCAACUGUAAUUUCCAGCAUGGCUUUCACACCACCACCGUGUGCAAGAUCCCCAGCGGCUGCAGCCUGAAGAUUUUCAACAACCAGCUGUUCGCUCAGCUUCUCGCCCAGUCCGUCAACCACGGCUUUGAGGUCGUCUAUGAGCUCACGAAGAUGUGCACCAUUCGCAUGAGCUUUGUUAAGGGUUGGGGUGCGGAAUACCAUCGUCAAGAUGUGACCAGUACCCCCUGCUGGAUCGAAGUGCACCUGCAUGGCCCCCUACAGUGGCUGGACAAGGUGCUCACUCAAAUGGGUUCCCCACACAACCCCAUCUCUUCAGUAUCAUAGCGAGAGCGUUGUCUUGUCUGCACACAGGUAGUCGUAGAUUCUGUUUCGCUGAGUUUUCUGUCCAGGGUUUGUCCCGUGUCGUUUCAAGCUUUAAAUGUGUCCUUUAUUUUCAGUAUGAUGAAGAAUUACUGUUUCCACUGGGACAAAUGAUCUGCACAGGAUAAAAAAAAUGGGAUAUAUUUGGAGGUACUUGUUGUAUAUUAUAGUGGUAUGUGUUGCAUUUCCAUGUCCUCACCAAUGGUUGACUGAAUGUACAAGUUGAUUUUUAUAUGAUCAUUUGAAGUUGCUCAUUCUUUA